GUUCACCCGCACUCGAUCUCAUUCUCCUCCACCAUGGAGUCCCAGCGUUCCUUCUCAUCCUACCGAAAGCGAUUCGGCACCCCAGGCGGAUCACCGUCAGUGGGGGUCACCAGCCGCCACAGCACGGGCCGCCUGUCCCUCCACAGCAGCCCGCGCCACCUGACCUCCAGCCCACUCACCCUCUCCACCUCACGCCUCUCCCUGGGUGGAGAGCGGCUGGACUUUUCGGCGGACUCCCUGCUGAAGGCCCAGUACCGUGAGACCCGCACCAAUGAAAAGGUGGAGAUGAUGGGGCUAAACGACCGCUUCGCCAGCUACAUUGAGAAGGUGCGCUUCCUGGAGCAGCAGAACAAGAUGCUGGUGGCUGAGCUGAACCAGCUGAGGGGGAAAGAGCCCAGCCGUCUGGGGGACAUCUAUCAGGAGGAGCUGCGGGAGCUGCGCAGGCAGGUGGACGGACUCAACGCUGGCAAAGCCCGGCUGGAGAUCGAGAGAGACAACCUGGCAUCAGACCUCGGCACUCUCAAACAGAGACUUCAAGACGAGACUGCCCUGCGGCAAGAAGCAGAAAAUAACCUCAACACCUUCAGACAAGAUGUUGAUGAAGCGGCUCUGAACCGUGUGCAGCUGGAGAGGAAGAUUGAAGCUCUGCAGGACGAGAUCAAUUUCCUGAAGAAGGUCCAUGAGGAGGAGAUGAGGGAGCUGCACGAGCAGCUGAUGGCCCAACAGGUUCAUGUGGAUCUGGAUGUGUCUAAGCCAGACUUGACUGCUGCGCUGAAGGAGAUCAGAGCUCAGUUUGAGGCCAUGGCCAAUUCUAACAUGCAGGAGACUGAGGAGUGGUAUCGCUCAAAGUUUGCCGAUCUGACUGAUGCAGCCAAUCGUAACGGAGAGGCUCUGAGACAAGCGAAGCAGGAGGCCAAUGAAUAUCGCCGACAGAUUCAGGGCCUGACCUGUGACCUAGAAGCUCUCCGUGGAUCUAACGAGUCCCUGGAGCGCCAGCUGAGAGAGAUGGAGGAACGCUUCGCCAUCGAGACGGCCGGGUACCAGGACACUGUGGCCCGUCUGGAGGAUGAGAUCCAGAUGCUGAAGGAGGAGAUGGCCAGACACCUGCAGGAGUACCAGGACCUGCUCAAUGUCAAACUGGCCCUGGAUAUCGAAAUCGCCACCUACAGGAAGCUGCUGGAAGGAGAGGAAAGCAGAAUCACUGUUCCUGUGCAGAACUUCACCAACUUACAGUUUAGAGACACCAGCAUGGACACUAAACUGACUCCUGAGGCUCAUGUGAAGAGGAGCAUAGUUGUGCGAACUGUUGAGACUCGUGAUGGAGAGAUCAUUAAAGAGUCCACUACUGAGAGGAAGGAUCUGCCAUAAUGAGGCUCAGACACUGGAUUGGCUGCAGAAGAAGAUCUCCUUCACUGAUGCUUCUGGAAGCUGUGUUUGUCAAACCUUGUAUUUUCUUACCAACUUUCCCUGCUUCUCCCCUUGCAAAUAUAGUUCAUGGGAACUAUAUUCAAUGUUUUUAGCAACUAUAUGUUUUGAUCUCCUUUUCUCCCUGGGCUUCUCUUUUUAUCUGUCUGUUUCUUCUGUGACAGAGUCUUUGCAAGAUAGUAGACUAGUUUAUCGCAGAAUGUGCUAUAAAAAGUCAUGGUUGGACAGAUGAAAGUAAACAGUAGGACGAGAUGUAGCUAGUGGUCAGAGCGGGUGGGAAAUAUAGGGGUUUUUUUUGUCAAGCAUAAACUGUAGAGAACAAGAUCUUGAGCUAUAUUGUAGUCUUUAAGAAUACCAGAUGAAAAAACGAGCAUGUCUGGAGCUGGUAGUUUUUAAAAAUGAACAGUAGGUGUUAAGGUGAGGCAGAAGGAAAUUUUAACUGCAAGAUGUUUGUAAGAGUUUUAAAGGAAUGAUGGAUUUGGUCAGCGGUGCUAUUUGAACAUUAUUUGAACUCCAAAUUUUUUGUCCUCCUUCACUGUGUGUGCUCAAUGUUUUUACAUAGUAGCUAACCCAUGUCUUGGACCCAGGUUAAAAUGCUUUAAAUUGCAGGCUGACUCAUUACUGACCCGUUGAAGACAUUAAAAUCUCAACAAUAAGCAUCUUACUGAACUCAUUAUCAUAUAAACAUCUGACAUAGCGUUGCCCAUCAUAUGACCAGAUGAAUUCAUUCAGAUUUAUUACUGAUAGCUUUUCAAUUGUCACAUUUACAUUUGCUUGGUGAAAUUGAGCAAUUUUACCAUUUCCAUUAGGAAUCUGUGUGAUCAGGCAUUUUUGCAUGAGGGUGAAAGGUUCCUCCUGCAGUUUAUGCGCACAUUUAAGUUGUUAAUGUGAAUUGCACAAAAAUCAGCUUGGCUUGAAAGUGAUUUAAGUGUGAGCAGUGUUUCACACAUCACUACAAUGUUAAUAAUAGACAUUAAUAAUAAUCGAAACUGUGACCACACUUUCACUGUGAGAUAACAUUGCUUGAUUUACACUGUUUUCAACUAAGAAGGACUAACUUUGAUACUGAAUUGGACAUUACUUUAAUGUGGUGCCUUAUAUUAAUAGAAAUAAAACAUUAAUUUUCA